GGGGCUGCCGGGAGCGGCGCGGUGCCCGCUGGGAACAGGUCACCAUGGCGGCCCGUGUCCUCUCGGCCUGCGUCCGCCGGCUCCUGCCCCGGCCGCCUCCGCCCGGCCCGCGGCCCGCCGCGCUCGGCACCCUCGGGCCCCGCCGCCCGCGGGCUCCGCCGGGCCCGGCCCCGCCGCUGGCGCAGCCGCUGGCGCAGGUGCCGCGGGCGGCCUGGCCGCCGUGCCGCCGCUUCUCCGACCUGCCGCCCCUGACCUUGGCGGACAUUAAGGACCGCGUCCUCUACGUCCUCAAGCUGUACGACAAGAUCGACCCGGAGAAGCUCACAGCAGAGUCCCACUUCAUGAAAGACCUGGGUUUGGACAGUUUGGACCAAGUGGAAAUCAUCAUGGCUAUGGAAGAUGAAUUUGGAUUUGAAAUUCCUGAUGGAGAUGCAGAAAAGUUAAUGUGUCCACAAGAGAUUGUAGAUUACAUUGCAGAUAAGAAGGAUGUUUAUGAAUAAAAACAGUUCUUCAAAGCUGAGCGAUGAUGUCUCUACCACCAGGACUGGGCUGGUGUCAGCGGGUAUGAAUAUAAACACACAUGCUGCACCGUUGCUGCUUUCAUCAGAAAGUUGUACUUGGAUGUUGUAUUUAAAGCUGUCUGAAUAUGUUGUCCUUUAAAAACAAGAAAAAAAAGGAAUAAAUAUGUAAGAAAGACCA